GACGAAAACCUUUCAUUUGAGAACACUAUACCCCAGUUUCCCUCAAUCAAUUCUCUUCUCCAAGUACGACAAACCAUAACUGCCCCAAGCAAGCAAUUUAAGUAUCAAAACACCUGUUUCUUGACCUCGGUCCGAAGAUAACACAACAGCCCGAGCAAGGCAUGCCGUCAUUUUAAUUCACUUACUUUCCUUAUUUCGAGGUCGAUUUUCUUCGUUCGAAAUUGAAAAUGGACUAACAUUGGAUUUCUGAAUACAAUAUGCCUUUGAAAACGUGAUUAAAUAUCGAAUACAAUAAUUUCAUUCCGAAGGUCCUACUACAGGCAGAGAAGUCUUACGUAAUAGCACAGCUGUUGUUUAUCAUUUCGUCCUUGGCUCAACGCUCAUAAUCUGGCCUGUGGAGGUAAAAUUGAGACAGCGAGGAGUACCUGGCCUAGCGGGGUUGAUCAGGCGGGUGUUUCAUAAAGCUGUUCGUAAAUAAAGAGCGACUGGUGAUCCUGUCUUGCGGUAAAUGGUACACACCAUUGGCGAUGAUUUAGCGCGCGAGAAAGGAUAACCAGUCGUUCUACAAGUCGCUCUUAACUUACGAGCAGCUUUAUGAAACGGCCCCCUGGGCUUGGAAAUGAUUUUGGGAUUUACAAACGCAAAAUGGGGUAUAGAACCGCAGUUUGCAACCUGAACUGCGGUCUUUCUCCAAACGGGGGUUUGACGUAAUGGGUGACCAUACAUUGUACUUUUCCAGAUAUGUAAGCAUUUUGCUACAUCUUGGUAUCCUUUUGUAAGACUUGUGAGGAUUAUCUUGAGACCAGCCUUUAUUUUAACGAAACUAGGAUAUACUUGGAUAUAAUUAACAUCAGAAUUUUUUAAUAAUCAAAACCUAAAUGAUACUAUGGUAAUUUUCUAUUCUAAUUGCCAUUUUGUUGUAGUUGACAACACUCCACCGAUUAUUCAAAACUGCCCCCCUCAACUCAGUGAAGAAAUUGGCUUUGGUGCUACAUCUGGUGUGGUUUCAUGGCCAAUUGUAUUUGCAUCUGACAAUUCUGGUCAAGUUGAGGUCUUGAGACGUUCUCAUAACAACGGGGAUAUCUUCCCCUUAGGCACCGCAGCUGUUACGAUUGAGUUCUCAGAUCCUUCAGGCAAUACAGCUCUGUGUUCCUUCUCGGUCACUGUAACAGCACAAGUUGACAACAUACCACCUGUUGUAAAUUGCCCUCCGGACGUUACUCAAACAGUUGAAUUAGGCACUCCUUCCAGACAAGUAUUCUUUGAUACUCCCACGGUUAGUGAUAAUUCUGGAAGCUUCAGCCUUGUACAAGCAAGUCAUCAAUCUGGAAAUAGCUUUACUACAGGAGCAACAAUAGUCACGUACACCUAUACUGAUGGAAGCGGAAAUACAGCUUCUUGCUCAUUUCGAAUCACCAUUAAUGCUGUUGAUAACAUACCACCUGUUGUAAAUUGCCCUGCGGACGUUACUCAAACAGUUGAAUUAGGCACUUCUUCCAGACAAGUAUUCUUUGACGUUCCCAAUGUUAGUGAUAAUUCUGGAAGCUUCAGCCUUGUACAAGCAAGUCAUCAACCUGGAGCUAGCUUUACUACAGGAUCAACAGCAGUCACCUACACCUAUACUGAUGGAAGCCAAAAUUCAGCUUCUUGCUCAUUCCUCGUCAACAUUAUUGCUGUGGAUCGUGUACCUCCACAAGUAACAUGCCCGCCUGAUGAAGUAUAUAACGUUGAAGUGCCAUUGAGUGGUAGAACAGUUAAUUUUGGCACCGCAACAGCAACUGACCUUUCUACUGUAUCUCUGGUCAGUGUUACACCUCAGACUGGAACUUUCUUUUCCACGGGAUCAACUACAGUGACAUACACUUACAGAGAUGCCAGCAACAAUGAGGCUUCUUGCACUUUCUUGGUCAUUGUUAAUCCAGUUGACAACACUCCACCGAUUAUUCAAAACUGCCCUUCUCAACUCAGUGAAGAAAUUGGCUUUGGUGCUACAUCUGGUGUGGUUUCAUGGCCAAUUGUAUUUGCAUCUGACAAUUCUGGUCAAGUUGAGGUCUUGAGACGUUCUCAUAACAACGGGGAUAUCUUCCCCUUAGGCACCGCAGCUGUUACGAUUGAGUUCUCAGAUCCUUCAGGCAAUACAGCUCUGUGUUCCUUCUCGGUCACUGUAACAGCACAAGUUGACAACAUACCACCUGUUGUAAAUUGCCCUCCGGACGUUACUCAAACAGUUGAAUUAGGCACUUCUUCCAGACAAGUAUUCUUUGAUACUCCCACGGUUAGUGAUAAUUCUGGAAGCUUCAGCCUUGUACAAGCAAGUCAUCAAUCUGGAAAUAGCUUUACUACAGGAGCAACAAUAGUCACGUACACCUAUACUGAUGGAAGCGGAAAUACAGCUUCUUGCUCAUUUCGAAUCACCAUUAAUGCUGUUGAUAACAUACCACCUGUUGUAAAUUGCCCUGCGGACGUUACUCAAACAGUUGAAUUAGGCACUUCUUCCAGACAAGUAUUCUUUGACGUUCCCAAUGUUAGUGAUAAUUCUGGAAGCUUCAGCCUUGUACAAGCAAGUCAUCAACCUGGAGCUAGCUUUACUACAGGAUCAACAGCAGUCACCUACACCUAUACUGAUGGAAGCCAAAAUUCAGCUUCUUGCUCAUUCCUCGUCAACAUUAUUGCUGUGGAUCGUGUACCUCCACAAGUAACAUGCCCGCCUGAUGAAGUAUAUAACGUUGAAGUGCCAUUGAGUGGUAGAACAGUUAAUUUUGGCACCGCAACAGCAACUGACCUUUCUACUGUAUCUCUGGUCAGUGUUACACCUCAGACUGGAACUUUCUUUUCCACGGGAUCAACUACAGUGACAUACACUUACAGAGAUGCCAGCAACAAUGAGGCUUCUUGCACUUUCUUGGUCAUUGUUAAUCCAGUUGACAACACUCCACCGAUUAUUCAAAACUGCCCCCCUCAACUCAGUGAAGAAAUUGGCUUUGGUGCUACAUCUGGUGUGGUUUCAUGGCCAAUUGUAUUUGCAUCUGACAAUUCUGGUCAAGUUGAGGUCUUGAGACGUUCUCAUAACAACGGGGAUAUCUUCCCCUUAGGCACCGCAGCUGUUACGAUUGAGUUCUCAGAUCCUUCAGGCAAUACAGCUCUGUGUUCCUUCUCUGUCACUGUAACAGCACAAGUUGACAACAUACCACCUGUUGUAAAUUGCCCUCCGGACGUUACUCAAACAGUUGAAUUAGGCACUCCUUCCAGACAAGUAUUCUUUGAUACUCCCACGGUUAGUGAUAAUUCUGGAAGCUUCAGCCUUGUACAAGCAAGUCAUCAAUCUGGAAAUAGCUUUACUACAGGAGCAACAAUAGUCACGUACACCUAUACUGAUGGAAGCGGAAAUACAGCUUCUUGCUCAUUUCGAAUCACCAUUAAUGCUGUUGAUAACAUACCACCUGUUGUAAAUUGCCCUGCGGACGUUACUCAAACAGUUGAAUUAGGCACUUCUUCCAGACAAGUAUUCUUUGACGUUCCCAAUGUUAGUGAUAAUUCUGGAAGCUUCAGCCUUGUACAAGCAAGUCAUCAACCUGGAGCUAGCUUUACUACAGGAUCAACAGCAGUCACCUACACCUAUACUGAUGGAAGCCAAAAUUCAGCUUCUUGCUCAUUCCUCGUCAACAUUAUUGCUGUGGAUCGUGUACCUCCACAAGUAACAUGCCCGCCUGAUGAAGUAUAUAACGUUGAAGUGCCAUUGAGUGGUAGAACAGUUAAUUUUGGCACCGCAACAGCAACUGACCUUUCUACUGUAUCUCUGGUCAGUGUUACACCUCAGACUGGAACUUUCUUCUCCACGGGAUCAACUACAGUGACAUACACUUACAGAGAUGCCAGCAACAAUGAGGCUUCCUGCACUUUCUCUGUCAUUGUUAAUCCAGUGGACACCACUCCACCGGUUAUUCAAAACUGCCCUUCUCAACUCAGUGAAGAAAUUGGCUUUGGUGCUACAUCUGGUGUGGUUGCAUGGCCAAUUGUAUUUGCAUCUGACAAUUCUGGUCAAGUUGAGGUCUUGAGACGUUCUCAUAACAACGGGGAUAUCUUCCCCUUAGGCACCGCAGCUGUUACGAUUGAGUUCUCAGAUCCUUCUGGCAAUACAGCUCUGUGUUCCUUCUCGGUCACUGUAACAGCACAAGUUGACAACAUACCACCUGUUGUAAAUUGCCCUCCGGACGUUACUCAAACAGUUGAAUUAGGCACUUCUUCCAGACAAGUAUUCUUUGAUACUCCCACGGUUAGUGAUAAUUCUGGAAGCUUCAGCCUUGUACAAGCAAGUCAUCAAUCUGGAAAUAGCUUUACUACAGGAGCAACAAUAGUCACGUACACCUAUACUGAUGGAAGCGGAAAUACAGCUUCUUGCUCAUUUCGAAUCACCAUUAAUGCUGUGGAUCGUGUACCUCCACAAGUAACAUGUCCGCCUGAUGAAGUAUAUAACGUUGAAGUGCCAUUGAGUGGUAGAACAGUUACUUUUGGCACCGCAACAGCAACUGACCUUUCUACUGUAUCUCUGGUCAGUGUUACACCUCAGACUGGAACUUUCUUUUCCACGGGAUCAACUACAGUGACAUACACUUACAGAGAUGCCAGCAACAAUGAGGCUUCUUGCACUUUCUUGGUCAUUGUUAAUCCAGUUGACAACACUCCACCGGUUAUUCAAAACUGCCCCCCUCAACUCAGUGAAGAAAUUGGCUUUGGUGCAACAUCUGGUGUGGUUUCAUGGCCAAUUGUAUUUGCAUCCGAUAAUUCUGGUCAAGUUGAGGUUUCCAGUCGUUCGCGUAACAACGGGGAUAUCUUCCCCUUAGGCACCACAGCUGUUACGAUUGAGUUCUCAGAUCCUUCUGGCAAUACAGCUCUGUGUUCCUUCACGGUCACUGUAACAGCACAAGUUGACAACAUACCACCUGUUGUAAAUUGCCCUCCGGACGUUACUCAAACAGUUGAAUUAGGCACUUCUUCCAGACAAGUAUUCUUUGAUACUCCCACGGUUAGUGAUAAUUCUGGAAGCUUCAGCCUUGUACAAGCAAGUCAUCAAUCUGGAAAUAGCUUUACUACUGGAGCAACAAUAGUCACGUACACCUAUACUGAUGGAAGCGGAAAUACAGCUUCUUGCUCAUUUCGAAUCACCAUUAAUGCUGUGGAUCGUGUACCUCCACAAGUAACAUGUCCGCCUGAUGAAGUAUAUAACGUUGAAGUGCCAUUGAGUGGUAGAACAGUUAAUUUUGGCACCGCAACAGCAACUGACCUUUCUACUGUAUCUCUGGUCAGCGUUACACCUCAGACUGGAAGUUUCUUCUCCACGGGAUCAACUACAGUGACAUACACUUACAGAGAUGCCAGCAACAAUCAGGCUUCCUGCACUUUCUCUGUCAUUAUUAAUUCAGUUGAUACGACUAAUCCCCAGAUAGUGUGCCCGGAAGGGUUCACUGAGUCCUCUACUGUGGGUACAGGUGGGACAGUAGUUACCUGGAUCCCUGCCACAGCAACAGACAACUCCGGUUCUGUCACUGUCACCUCUGAUCGUGUUUCACCAAUGUUUUUUAACUUUGGAGAGACGAUUAUCACAUACACCGCAAGAGAUCCCUCUGGAAACAUUGCUAUUUGCUCAUUUACUAUUGUUCUGAUAGAAGUGGACAAUGAGCCGCCGUUGAUUCAAAACUGCCCUCCUUCGCCGCUCAACACAGUAAUCGACUUGGACCAAGUAGUUGCUCAGGUGUUCUGGCCACUUGUGCUGGCAACUGAUAAUUCGGGCAUCGAACCUGUUGUCAGCCGAUCGCAUUCCAGUGGGAGUUCAUUUCCUGAGGGUGCGACGACAGUCACAAUUGAAUUUACAGAUUCUGCUCUUAACACCGCCCAGUGUAUUUUUGUAGUCAAUGUCAUUCAGUCCGAUCCAGUCCCACCACUGAUAACAGGCUGUCCUGCAGACAUAGAAAGAUCCAUCUCGCUUGAGGCAACAGACACCCCAGUGUCUUGGAUGCCGCCAAGGGCAACAGAUAAUGAUGGCGAGAUCCCAGACUUAAUCAGUAACUUUAGCCCUGGAGCUCGAUUUUCUCCUGGAGUGUGGAAUGUCAUCUACACCUUUACAGAUACAGCAGGAAACACGCAGCAGUGCCAGUUUUCUAUUACUAUUUCAAGAGUGGAUGAUGUACCACCGAUAGUGACUUGCCCUGCAAGCAUUCAGCAGAUUGUAAUAGAAGGGUCCGCCGGUACGUACGUGACAUGGGACCCUCCAGUGGUAUCAGAUAACUCGGGCACAGUGGAGUUUGUAUCGUCCACCGCCAGUUCGGGUGAUCUGUUCGCCGUUGGACUCAGUUCAGUCACAUACACCUACUCAGAUCCUUCGGGCAACCAAGCCAGUUGCAGCUUCACAGUGACCGUUAUCACAGGUUCGCCGUGCAACCCGAAUCCCUGUCAAAAUGGUGGCCUAUGCGUUCCGACAGAUCUUACAAGCUACCAGUGUAUCUGCACAGAAUGCUUUACAGGGACUAAUUGUGAGACAAACCUCAAUGCAUGUGUCAACAAUUUCUGUGAGAACGGAGCAAUCUGCAUUCCAGAUCCGGGAUCAUGUACCGAUUACAGCUGCCAGUGCACCGAUUGCUUUACAGGAAGAUUCUGCAAUUUGCCGCUUGACUCGUGUGAGAACCAUCAGUGUCAGAACGGUGGAGGCUGUACAGUGGAUCCCCUGAACUGUGUACUCUACACCUGUACCUGCCCUCUAUGCUUUACUGGCCAAUUCUGUGAACAAGAGGUCAGUGCUUGUACUUUCAAUCUGUGUGCCAAUGGAGCAAACUGCAUUCCAGUUGGGACAAUCUGCACUGAGUAUAAAUGCUCCUGUCCUGGCUGUUACACCGGUGCUUACUGUAAUGAACUACGGGAUCCUUGCUUCAACAACCCAUGCAUGAACGGUGGCAUAUGCUCUGCUUUAAAUGAUGGAAACUGUUUCUCCUACACCUGCGAAUGUUUUGGGUGCAACACUGGCUACAAUUGUGAAAUCACGAUCCCGUCCCCUUGCUCUGGAAAUCCUUGUCAGAAUGGAGGAAACUGUCUGAGCAUUCAAGGACAGUGUGCUGCUUAUCAAUGCCAGUGCCCACCAAACUUUGGUGGUCUUCAUUGUGAAAAUGUGGUUACAACCAAUCCAAAUCCCUGCAAUAGUUUCCCCUGUCUGAAUGGGGCAGAGUGCCUUACUAUGGACAGCACGUUCUACACCUGUCUGUGCCGUUCUGGCUUCGCUGGUAUUGACUGCCAACAACCCACAUUACCUGGUAGCCAGGCAACUGAUCUCUGUUUGACUAACCCCUGCCAGAAUGGAGCGACCUGUGUGGCCAGUUACCACAGCAGUAAUCGUAACUUUUACCAGCCUCAGUAUUACUGUAUAUGCAACAAUGGCUUCACCGGAACAAACUGUCAGCAGCAGACAGCAUUCUCCCCGAAUGAAGACAUCUGCAACGUUGUACGACCUGAAAGACCUGACUGUCAGGGUGGCGCACCUUGCUACAACUCCUAUCAAAGCUUCACCAGUGAUGUUGACUACUACUGUGACUGCCCUAUCGGCCUCACUGGGCACAACUGUGAAACAAUUGCUCCAAACCCAUGUGAUAGCAAUCCCUGUCAGAAUGGAGGAAACUGUCUGCCCUUCAAGUUGUACUACACCUGCUCAUGCCCCCAGGGGUUCCUGGGAGAUCGUUGUCAAACCUCUACCGAUACAACGGUACCCGCCAUUUUGAACUGCCCUGCUGAUAUUGAGGUGCAAGUUGCAUUUGGUCAGACCAUGGCCUUUGCUACAUGGCAAGAACCUACAUCACCGGACGGCAACAGGGUCUUCCGUUCCGAUUCUCCAUCAACGCUCUUCCCACUGGGCACAACCUCUGUGUCCUAUGUCUUUGAGGAUGUCUCUGAGAAUAGGGCUUCUUGCACCUUCUUUGUUAUAGUAUCAGGUAAUGUGGUAGAUGACACUCCCCCAACAGUCUUUGGUUGCCCUGGAGACAUCACUGCCACCGUACCACUCGGCUCUCAGACCACAACGGCCAUUUGGCAGCUGCCCGGUGCUGCCGACAACAACGGUGCUGCCACACUCACGAGCAACUACAGCCCUGGGGAUGUCUUCCCAGCGGGGAUCACCGAAGUGGUGUAUGUUGCCACCGACUCUGCAGGACUGACUGCCAGGUGUUCAUUCAACGUCAUCGCGCUGUUGCCUGUUGAUGAAACCCCACCAGUGAUUGACAAUUGUCCCGAGGAGCGAUUUGCGACGCUGCCCGAUGGAAGUUCUACUGUCCCUGUGGUGUGGCCUGCACCUCAGGCAUCAGACAACUCUGGUCAGGUGACACUGUCGUCCAAUUACAACCCCGGUGCUUCAUUCCCACCCGGGCAAACUCUGGUCUUUUACGCUGCCAAGGACCCGUACGGACUCUUGACUUCGUGCACGUUCACCGUCUUUGUGUCUACCACAGGUGACACCAAUCCGCCUGUGAUCAGUGGGUGUCCCGAGAGUCAGUUUGUCACCGCACCCCCAGGAUCAUCCAGUGUUCCAGUGACCUGGAUACCACCUACUGCAACGGAUGACACUGGAAUCGUCACCAUCACUGGGGACUCUACCCCAGGAUCAUCCUUUCCUGUCGGCACAACCUCGGUCCGAUACGAGGCCCGGGACUCUUCUGGCCUUGUCUCCCGCUGCACUUUCCAAAUCUUUGUGACUGCAGAUGGAGGUAUGUCUCUCAAACUCAACGGCCGGCCCAUAUUCUCAAAAGAGGUUUCAAUCACUAUGCAGAUCUUCGUACAUAAUUAUGCUUCAUCACAUACACUAAUAAAAAUCAAAUUAAAUGCAGGCGUUUGGCAAAGGGCGCUAUAAGGCAAGUGUAAUAAUCAGGGGCGGAUCCAGGAUUUUCCAAAAGGGGAGGGCACAUUUUUCCGAUGAAAAAUUUGACAAGCAAAAAAAAAAGGUCUUCACUUUCAAAAGGGGGGCACACUUCCAUUUUAACGGCAUUUUUACAUUACAAAUUUUAAUUGUGGCUCUCAAAAGGGGGGGGGGGGCAUGGGCCGGCUUUGCCCCCCCCCCCCCUUGGAUCCACCAGUGGUAAUAAUAAAAGAAAUUGCAUACUAAAACUAUGGUUUUGUACCAGGGUACAGUUGAAAUUUCUUUCGAGAAUACGAGCCAACAUGCCAAAGUUUUUAGUGGCUAGUUUGUCCAGUCCUUAUGCACGGUAUUGCGUAACAACUGGGAUAUCACCCAGGGCUCCAUUGAAUAAAAUUUACCAUUAAUAAUACCGAUGUACUCAAUGAUAUAUACCAUGGUAACACUGCCCGACAGCCAAUCAAAUUCAAGUAUUCAAAAGAAGUUUUCAUCAUUCUGAAAGUUGCAGUAAUUCAACUUAGUUGUGGUAUAACUACGGAUAGCUGAUUGUGACACAAAUUUCUAGCAUUAUAAGUUCAAUUUACCAGCUCAUUUGAUACUCAAAUAAUUCAUAACUUUCUGGGACAAAUAACUAGUUUUCUUCAUCAUUAAAUCCAUGUUUAAAGAACACAGUAAACAUACAAUGUAAAAAAAAAUUCACCGUUUUGGCUACCCCCAAUUCAGGCUCAAAGGUAGAUCAUGUUAGUCCUAAGUAGAACCUAGACUUCAGAAUAAAGGCCGCUGAAAGUCAGAUGGUUUCCAGCUUCUUUGAAUUGGUAUUUAUAUUAAUUAAAUUACCCUUAAGUGUAUAUGAAGCAUUACAUCAUAUAUAAAUUCAAUCAAGCUUGAUAAGUCUGGUCGGAAGCUUUGAAAAUUACAUUUAAGAUGUUCAACGAUACAGAAUAUGGAAGCUAUACAAUCUUGCAAGAUUGGAUGCUUGCUGGCCGUGUGCUUAGGGCCCUGUUUUACGUAGAGUUACGAUUACUCCUAUAGACCUCAACUGUAUGGAAAUCUAUCAGUGUCAUAAGUUUGUGUCCAGAAAAUUUGCUUGAAGUCCUUUGCAAAUAAAGAGAAGCACACUAAAUUUUUAAGAAAACAAUGUAUGAAUAUUCAGCAUAUCUAGGAAAUAUUUUGAACAAAACAUGCAAUUUAGAUAUUGAUGUUGAUGGCUUUCCAUAGUUGUGGUUGAUUUGAUAUAUCGCAACUCUUUUUAAGAUGGGGCCCAGGGGGCUGUUUCAUAAAGCUAUUUGUAAGUUAAAGGAAACUUUAAGAACGACUGGUGAACCUUUCUUGCGCUCUAAACCAUCGCCAAUUUAUUAAACCAUUUACCAAAAGAAAGGAUCGCCAGUCGUUCUUAAAGCUGCUCUUAUCUUAUGAACAGCUUUAUGAAACACCCACCUGAUCAUGCCAUAGAUCAUGAACUUGUUUAUAAGUCUUACCUCAUUUCUUUUAUUCUUACUUCAUUUCAUUAAUUGCUCAAGCCAUUGUAAUUUGAAAGUAUUACACCCUUUCAAUGUGAAUGAGAAAAACUAUGUGUCCCUUUAAUUCUUUAAACUUGAAUGUUAUUCAUUGUUUGAACUCCAUUCCUGUGGUGACAUUUCUCACAGUGCCAUCUCAACUAGUCCAGACAGUUUGAAAUGUCACAUGGAAGUCAUUUUCACUCAAUCAUUCAAAUUCAUAUUUUUUUUUAAAUCAUUAAAAACAUCAAAUUGUACAAUCAUAUAAAAAAAAAUAUUAUUACAAGAAAAGCAAGACAAAAAAGAGUUAGCAAUAGAAAUAAGAAGCCUCCAAAAUUUACAGUAAUUAUACAUACAUAGGAGGAUCCAGGGGGGGCCCGGGCCCCCCCCCCCCCCCCUAUUGGCGGAGC